UCAGUGAGGGCUAGAAUAGGAAGAGACAGAAGUCAUUCUACCUCUAACAGUGGAGAGGACUGGCAGACAGACAGACAGACAGACAGACAGACUCUGCAGAGAGAGAGAUCUACAAAUGGUUCUCCGAAUCCCUCUGCGCAGAAGUGCCAGCUUCACCCCCGAUCACCAGCCCUUGAUGGAGAUGUCCUAUCCCACCACACUGAAAAUGGAAGCGAAUGUGCUAGUUAUGGGAGCAGACAACGUGGGGAAAUCAGCCUUGACAGUGCGUUUCCUUACCAGGCGAUUCAUCGGGGAAUAUGGAGACAUGGAAUUCAUCUACAGCCACAGCCUGGCAAUGGAGGGUAGAGAGAUCCACGUCCACAUAUGGGAUGUCCCUUGUUCACAGGAUCGGGUGGAUGAGAGUUCUGCCAAGGAAAAGCGAGUCCAGUGGGCAGAUGGCUUUGUCCUGGUCUACAGCAUCUGCGACCGUGCCAGCUUCAACGUGCUGCAGCCCAAAGUUCAGGUCAUUAAGGCAGCCAAGGAGGCUCUAAGCCAGGAGAAGGUGCCCAUUGUCAUCGUGGGCAACAAGCGGGACCUGCACCAUCGGCGGGCAGUCUCCAGUGAGGAGGGCCGGCUCCUGGCGCUCUCCAUGGACUGCGAGUUCUAUGAGGUCUCUGCAGCUGAGGCCUAUCAUGGGGCACUCAUGGUCUUCCAGGGGCUGGCAGAGCGCAUCUGCGAGGCCAAGCUGGCACUGAAGAAGGGCACUGGGAUCCGCAGCAUUGUCAAAAGCAUGUCGGCUGUGUUUGCUCGGAAGAGGACGGACUCACUCUGAGCUGGAGCCUGUGUGUUACUUCCCCAUGUGCUGCCAGCUGGAAACACCAGAUUGCCCAGCCUCCUUCACUAGACUAACCCCUCCUACCCCAGUGACUGUGAAAGAGCCAUGUAGUCUAUUGGGGGAGUCAAAUGGAUUCCCCCAACCUCACACCUGAGAGCCUCAGAAAAAUGGCUGAAUCUGCCCCUGCUCACAUAUAUACCAGUGCAACCUGAGGCCUUUAUAAUUCAACACGUAGGUGUCCAUACUGUCCAACCCCAGGGGGUUGGGCCCUAUUACACAGUUACUAGGAUGGUGUCCAAUCUAGCUAUAAAUGCGCCACCCCUGGGCUCCCACCCCUUCCCUUGAGGAGCAGAUUCCUCAGCCAGGUAGUCUGAAUUUUAUGUAUAUUACAAUAGCAUCCAGAGACUCCAGUCAGCAUUGGGGCCCCCUUGUGCUGAGCUCACAGUCUCUCUUAGUCUUCACUCUAAAUAAGUCCCCUCCCAAAUAUUGGAAAACACCAGAGCAUCUUUCUGCUGCUUCUGGGAGUACCUUACCUCCCCCAGUUCCUUUGGUGGGGAGCUGCCACUUCCUCUCACUAAAGAUGAGUGGGAUAAGGUUGAGGGUGUGGGCAGUGUUAUUAAUCCUAUUUUACAGAGGGGGAACUG